UUUCGGUCAGUUUCGCCCAAAUUUGUUUAUAAAGUGAAAAUAAUUUGUGGCCUGGAAUUCGCAGUUUUCAGACCAUAUAGUAAAAUAUUUUACAAGUGACAUCAUCUCUCUUGUCAUAUCUUGAUUGAUUUUGAGGUGAAAAUGUCUGAAAAGCUGCUUAAAAAUGGAACUCGUGUUGAGAUAAAAGAUAAAAACAUUAAAGGAACUAUUCAAUAUGUUGGUUUGACAUCUUUUGCAACUGGACGUUGGGUUGGAGUUGUAUUGGAUGAACCGAAAGGUAAAAACAAUGGCACCAUCAAAGGACAAACAUAUUUCUCUUGUGAAGAGAACUAUGGGAUGUUUGUUCGUGAAAGUCAAUGCGUAUUCUUGGACGAAUCGGAUAAUCCAAUCCCAGAGAGUCCAGAUGAUAAACCAUCUCGAUCUCGUCUCAGCAAUUCUGGAUCUAUUAAAUCACUGGUUAAUUUAUCUGGUAGUAAUCCUGUAGCUAAACCAACAACCUCACGUUUAUCAUUAGCUGGUAGUCGUCAGAGUUUGUCUGGAUCUCGAACGCAACUGACACAAUCAAUGGGUAGUGAAAAGUCAGAAAUCCCAAAACCAACAAAGACUUCGAUGAGUUCACAAGAUCCCAACACGACUCAACAACCACCAUCAAAGCGUGCUUCUUUUAUCGAGACUGGAUUUUUAGAGACUUUAAAGCCUCAAUUUACGCCAGGUCAAUCGUUGACAUCACCGUCUGUCGCACCUUCAUCAUCAACAGAAGAAAAGAUUCAUAAUCUUCAAAUGCAACAAGAGAAUGAAGAUUUGAAGAAACAAGUUGUUGAUUUAACUGAAAAGUUAGAAACAUUGAGAGUUCGAAGAUCUGAUGAUAAAGAACGAUUAAGGGAACUUGACAAAAUGAAAACUCAAUUCGAGCAACUUCAAGAGUUUAAAGGAAAGAUUAUGGACGCUCAGUCAAGUUUACAACGAGAACUUCAACGUUCACGACAAGAAACAAAAGAUGCGAUUGAAGCGAGAGAUCGUCAUGAAGAAGAGAUGUCAGAAUUAGCCGAGAACGUUGAGUUGAUAACACUCGAUAAAGAAAUGGCUGAAGAGAAAGCUGACACACUUCAACUCGAACUUGAUACAGCGAAGGAAAGAAUUGAAGAACUGACAUUAGAUUUGGAGAUUCUGAAGACGGAAAUGCAAGAAAAGUCAGUGAUUGGAAAAGAUGGCGUAGGUGGAGAGUCUGGCGGGGGUGUUUCUGCUUAUGAAUUGAAGCAACUUGAACAACAAAACACGAGACUACGUGAAACACUUGUAAGAAUGCGUGAUUUAUCAGCACAUGAGAAGCAUGAAAGUCAAAAACUUCACAAAGAACUUGAAUUGAAGAAAUCAGAAGUGAUGGAACUGCAGAGAACAAAAGAAAAGCUUUCAAGUCGAGUUGAUGAACUUGAAGCACAGAUUGUUGAUUUACAAGAACAAGUUGAUGCUGCUUUAGGUGCUGAAGAAAUGGUGGAACAAUUAGCUGAUAAGAAAAUGGAACUUGAAGAUCGUGUGAAAGCACUUGAAGAGGAAGUUUCUGAACUUGAAGCGUUAGAAGAAGUUCACGAACAACUUGUGGAAAGUAAUCAUGAACUUGAAUUAGAUUUACGUGAAGAACUCGACAUGGCACAUUCAGCGAAACGAGAAGCAUUACGUGAGAAAGAUGCAGCACUUGAAACUGUUUUAGAUCGUGAUCAGACAAUUUUCAAGUUCCGUGAGUUGGUUCAAAGGUUGAACGAUCAAACGCAAGAACUUCGCGAGAAAUUAAAUCAAGAAUCUCAAAAUAUCGGCAAAGAUCAUCGUAUCGCCGACACAAUUGACUUCAAACAAGUGUUUGCUGAAUCGAAAGCUCAUACACGAGCGAUUGAUUUACAAUUACGUCAAAUUGAAUUGACACAAGUUAAUGAACACAUCAAAUAUCUUUUAGCUUACAUGCCUGAGACAUUUAUGGCGCGUGGUGGCGACCAUGAUGCAAUUCUUGUGAUUCUUUUAGUGUCGAGGAUUGUAUUUAAAGCUGGAAUUAUUGUGACACAAGCAAGAGAAAGAUUUGGAGCAGUUUCAUUGAUUGAUCGCAAUGCUAUCAUGCAAGGCCACGCUGUUCAUCAAUUUGCGUUUAGAUCGCGUCUUUUACAUCAUGUUCAUAAUCUUCAAUCAAUUAUGCAUCAAUUCUUAUUUGGGUUGAGUAGUUGCACACCAGAUUGUCUCCUUAAAAUCGGAUCAUCAUUACCAGAAAUGGUUGCACAAGAGAAGAUUGUCGACUCGAUGGUUGAUCUUUUGAAGUUGAAUCAACUUGAUGAGAAUUCAUCGACAGAGAAUCUCGAGAAAUGUGUGACAUUCUUUAAUGCGAUGUAUUCUGUGUUGUUGAUGAGCGAAGGUUUAACAAAUGAAACUCAAAUGGUUCGCGAUUCAAUUGCUUCAAUCACAAGUGCUUGUGAUUCAGUUGAAACUGACAGCGCAAUCAUAAGAGGUUUGGUUCAAAGUGGCGAUGAAACGAGUGAAAGUGGAUUGUUGCUGCAAUUUGUCAUUCAAACUUCUGAGAAUAUCAGACAACAGUUGAAGCUUGUGAAGCGACGUCUCCCUCAAGAUGCCAGCGUCACGAAAUGCAACUUAUCGACAAAUACUCUUCAAAACUUAAAGCAAACUGCUGACAACUUGAGUCGCCUUUUGAUUCUUAUAAAUCUUACAGCUAAACAUGUCAUUGCUUAUGUGACGAGUGAUGCUGCUGAUGCAACUUCACUUGUUUCAAUAUCGCAUACGAAGUUAUGGGAAUUACUUGGACAACUAAGCGAACGUGUUUAUGAACAAGAUGAUCGUGGAGCAUCACAGAAUAUUAAGAAUGUUUUGGCCAAUGCCAAUACUGACAUGUCACAACUUGCACAAUAUCUGCUUGAUCACGAAUAUGAAAUUAUGUCAGCGACACAAAAUGAAAAAGUUCAGCAACCGAUCGUUACACGUGCGCAAAUUGUUAAGAAACAACUUGAAGAGACGAAGACAUUAACAGCAACUCUUGAGAAUAAAGAAGCUGAGAUUCGUCAAUUGAAGAUGAAUGCGAAACUCAAACAAAGUGAAUUGUCAGAGAUGCAAAUACGAAAAGAUCUUGCAGAGAAGAAACUUUCGGUGUUGCAACAAGAUCACGAAUCUAAUUCAAUAAAAUUACAAAAGCAACUGGAAGAAGCUUUGGAGAAAUUGGAAAAGAAAGAGAAAGAAUUCGAAGAAACGAUGGAUCACUUGCAAUCCGACAUCGAUUCGUUGGAGAAUGAACGUGGAGCGUUACGUGAAAAAUUGAAGGUUUAUGGCAACAAAAAGGGUGAUUUGAAAACCACAACUGCAUUAGAUAUAACAGCAAAUUCACCGUAUAUAGCACAAGAGUUAGUGCUUUUGAAGAAAGCGUUGAAUGAAGAACGUGAUGAAAGAAUGAAGUUACAAGCUAAAGAAUAUGAAAAUAUUUUGAAGAGUCUCAAGCCACUUCAUGUUCCAAAAAUAAAAGACAAACGUUUGAAUGUUCUUGACGAUAAAUUACGUAAAGUUAAAUAUGAAAUGGUGAUGUCGCUUGUUAAAGGUUCGGAAAUUCCUUCAUCAAACACACAACAUAGCAACUUAACGAAGCUUAUUCAAGAUCACAAAAACAGACAACAACAAAUUCGCAGUGAAAUUCAGAUGAAAGCAGAAAAUCUUGCUACUGAAGUCGUUCAAGACAUCAUCAUGUAUCUUUACAAUUUGACUUUGCAACGUGCCACUGGCAUCACGCAUGCCAUUCAUGGAAACUUUUCUGGAUCAAAAAUUCAAGAAAUUCUCAUUUCUCAUGGAAAGAGUUUGGAACUUGUACGACCUGAUCCUAACACAGGGAAGGUUCACACUUUACUUCAGACAGAAAUUUUUGGAGUUAUUCGUUCGAUGAUGUCUUUCCGUCUUACUGGAUCAACAAAAGACUACGCAAUUGUCGGGUCAGACUCGGGAAGAAUUCUCAUCUUAGAAUAUAAUCAAACAAAGAAUCAACUUGUAAAAGUUCAAUUGGAAACGUUUGGAAAGUCAGGAUGUCGUCGAAUUGUACCAGGACAGUAUUUAGCGGUGGAUCCCAAAGGACGUGCCGUCAUGAUUGGAGCUGUGGAAAAACAAAAACUUGUAUACAUUCUCAAUCGCGACUCUGAGAACCAUUUAACAAUUUCAUCGCCACUUGAAGCUCAUAAAUCGAACACGCUUUGUUAUCACAUGGUUGGUGUUGAUAAUGGAUUUGAGAAUCCCAUGUUUGCAUGUUUGGAAAUUGAUUAUAGUGAUAUUGAUCUUGAUCCAAGCGGUGAAGCAGCAGCAAAAGCUAAACAAAUCAUCACAUUUUAUGAAUUAGAUCUGGGAUUGAAUCAUGUCGUGCGAAAAUAUCACGAAGAGCUUGAUGAACAUGCAAAUUUCCUUAUAACAGUUCCUGGAGGAAAUGACGGUCCAUCGGGUGUCCUCAUCUGCUCAGAAAAUUACCUCACGUACAAAAAUACUGGCGCUCAAGCUGACAUUCGUUGUCCAAUUCCAAGACGACGAAAUGAUCUCGACGAUCCUGAACGAGGAAUGAUUUUCAUUUGUUCAGCAACACAUCGAACUAAGUCAAUGUUCUUCUUUCUACUGCAGACAGAACAAGGCGACAUUUUUAAAGUCACACUCGAUAUGAAUGAAGAAGCUGUGUCUGCUAUUAAAUUAAAAUAUUUUGACACAGUUCCGCCGGCAACUUCAAUGUCAGUGCUCAAAUCUGGAUUUCUUUUCGUUGCUUGUGAAUUUGGUAAUCACUUUUUAUAUCAAAUUGCUCAUCUUGGUGACGAUGAAGAAGAACCGGAAUUCAGUUCUGCAAUGCCACUUGAGGAAGGCGACACUUUCUUCUUUGCCCCACGACCACUUAAGAAUCUUGUGAUGGUUGAUGAGAUUCCUUCAUACGCACCAAUUCUUGGUUGUCAUGUUGCUGAUUUAGCUAAUGAAGAUACGCCACAAUUAUAUUUAGCAUGUGGACGUGGACCAAGAUCGUCGAUAAGAGUUUUGCGACAUGGACUUGAAGUAUCUGAAAUGGCAGUGUCAGAACUUCCUGGCAUUCCCCUCUCCGUUUGGUCCAUCAAGAAACGUGUUGACGAUGAAUUCGAUGCUUACAUCAUCGUGUCGUUCGUAAAUGCAACACUUGUGUUGAGUAUCGGCGAUACAGUUGAAGAAGUGACAGACAGCGGUUUCUUGGGAACAACACCGACACUUUGUUGUUCAGCUCUUGGUGAUGAUGCUCUUGUUCAAGUUUAUCCCGAUGGCAUUCGUCAUAUUCGUGCUGAUAGACGUGUGAAUGAAUGGAAAGCACCAAAUAAGAAAACAAUUGUUAAAUGUGCUGUUAAUCAACGACAAGUUGUAAUAGCUUUAUCAGGAGGUGAACUUGUUUACUUCGAAAUGGAUCCGACUGGUCAACUUAAUGAAUUUACCGAGCGAAAAAAGAUGAUGGCUGAUGUGCUUUGUAUGGCUUUAGGAUCAAUAAAGCCAGGAGAGUUACAAACCCAUUUUCUUGCUGUUGGUUUAGCUGACAGUACAGUGAGAAUUAUUUCAUUGCAUCGUCAAGACUGUCUUCAGCCACGAUCAAUGCAAGCAUUACCGUCACAAGCUGAGUCACUUUGUCUUGUUGAGAUGGGAAUAGGCGAAAGUGAAGAAGAUGAAGAUGGAACAAUAAGAAAGGGUGGAAAUGGAUCAAUUUAUCUUAACAUUGGAUUGCAAAAUGGCGUGUUGUUGAGAACAGUCUUAGAUCCAAUCUCGGGUGAUUUAACCGACACAAGAACAAGAUAUCUUGGAUCACGCCCAGUAAAACUCUUCAGAAUAAAGAUUCAAGGAAACGAAGCAGUCCUUGCAAUGUCAAGUCGAAGUUGGUUGAGUUAUUAUUAUCAAAAUCGUUUCCAUCUUACCCCACUUAGCUAUGAAACACUCGAGUAUGCAUCGGGAUUCUCAUCGGAACAAUGUUCAGAAGGUAUCGUUGCAAUUUCUACAAACACUUUAAGAAUUCUUGCACUUGAGAAGCUUGGGGCUGUUUUCAAUCAAAUCUCAUUUCCACUUGAAUACACGCCAAAACGAUUAGUGAUUCACAACGAAUCAUCGCGCUUAAUUAUCUCGGAAACAGAUCAUAACGCUUACACUGAAGCAACGAAAACAAUGAGAAAGCGACAAAUGGCACAGGAGAUGAUUGAAGCUGCUGGUGAUGAUGAACAGGAACUCGCUCAAGAGUUGGCUGAUGCGUUCAUCAAUGAAGUGCUGCCUGAAGAUACUUUCUCAGCUCCAAAAGCUGGCUAUGGCAUGUGGGCGUCACAAAUCAGAAUCAUGGAUCCAGUGAACGGUCAAACAUUGUUCAAAGUUCAACUUGAACAAAACGAAGCCAUCAUGUCUAUGUGCUUGGUGAAAUUCGGUCAAGAUGGAAAGAAUUAUCUUGCAGUUGGUGUUGUUAAAGACAUGCAAUUAAAUCCACGUCAAGCUGGUUGUGGUUACAUUGACUUGUAUCGUGUUGAUAAUCAAUGUGCAACAUUAAAUCUUAUUCAUCGAACAGAGAUUGAAGACAUACCAGGUGCAAUUGCGCCAUUUCAAGGACGCUUACUUGUUGGUGUGGGAAAGAUCUUAAGAAUAUACGAUUUAGGAAAGAAGAAAAUGUUGAGAAAGUGUGAAAACAAGCACAUACCAAAUCAAAUUGUUAAUAUUCAGACACGUGGUCAACGCGUCUUCGUAUCAGAUGUUCAGGAAAGUGUUUAUUGUAUUCGAUAUAAGCGUAAUGAGAAUCAAUUGAUAAUCUUUGCUGAUGACACAUUUCCACGUUGGAUAACAACAACAACGAUGCUUGACUUUGAUACAAUUGCAACAGCUGAUAAGUUUGGCAACAUAGCAAUCCUUCGUUUACCUCAUACAGUGAAUGAUGAUGUCGAUGAAGAUCCGACAGGAAACAAAGCUUUAUGGGAUCGUGGAUUGUUAAAUGGAGCAUCGCAGAAAGCUGAAAAUAUCAUCACAUUCCAUGUUGGUGAGAUUGUCAUGUCGCUUCAAAAAGCGAUGUUAAUUCCUGGUGGACCUGAAUCAUUAAUUUAUACGACGCUUAGUGGAACAGUUGGCGCACUUGUGCCAUUUACGAGUCGAGAAGAUUUUGAUUUCUUUCAACAUCUUGAAAUGCAUAUGAGGAAUGAGAAUCCACCACUUUGUGGACGAGAUCAUUUGAGUUAUCGUUGCUUCUACUACCCAGUCAAGAAUGUGCUUGAUGGUGACUUAUGCGAGCAGUUUACAGCUUUAGAUCCCGUCAAACAGAAAAGUAUAGCGACAGAUUUGAGUCGAAGUGCUUUGGAAAUUUUCUUUCCUUUUGAUUUGGACUUUUGCAAUAAUGUUAAGAUCAGCACAUUUUUGUGAAUUCGACGUCUCCCUCAAGUCCCUAAAAUUAUUACUUUGAAAGAUUGAUGACUAACAAUAAGAAACUUACAUGAUCAACUGCAAUUUCAGCACUUCUGAAAAAGUUAACUUUAAAUGAUGUAAUAUGUAAUCCGUGUUUCACCUGAAUAUUCUUGAUUAUAAAAUUACAAAUUUAUCUGAUAAAACUAAAGAAGUAAAAUAUUAAA